AUGUCUACGUUUGUUCAUCCUCAAGAAAGACUAGAUUCAGAGCAAACGACUAACUCCGAAACGACUAACUCCGCAAUAUUGGCUCCGGAAGCCUCUUACUCUAAUAACACUAUGACAUUUUCGUUGCCACCUGCCACAAAUUUAGAGGUUGACGUCGCCUCGGUGAAUUCUUUCAGAACAAUCGAUACAAAUCAAACCGGUGAUCAAGAAAGUUUGUCUUCAGAUUUCACGGACCGUACGAACGAACCACAGGGUUUGAUUAAAUUGCUUUGCGAAAUUGAUGGCGGUCUUGGUGUCGCUCUCGAACGAGUUAAACAAUGCUCAUCAUCGGCCAAAGCAUCAAUUGAAGAUGAAUAUGGCAGAAUGAUGAUUAAGCUGGCCAAAAGUAUGCAAGAAGGUCACCAUACUAAUGAUACGAAACAAGGCUCAUAUGGUGAAAAUUGGCUUUACAUGCUGAAGCUACAUGAAUCCAUCGGCGAAAAUAGAGUUAAAUUUGCAGCAGCAAUUCAAGAGAUAUCUGAAGAAAUAACAGCACUUUAUAAAGAUACAGAUAAAAGCCGUAAGAAUCUUAAAGAUUCGGGCCAAAAACAUGAAAAAACAAUUCAGGACGCAGAACAAGCAUUGGAAAAGGCUAAAACAAAAUAUGAGACACACAGUGAAGAUUGGGAGCGCACAAUUUUACAAAAAAAUGGCGAUGUAUCUAAUAUAAAACCAAGAACCUUAACAAAAGCUAUUUUUUCUAAGCAGCCAAAGACUCCCACACAGCUGCUAAAGAUGGAAGAAGACGCAAGGAACAAAGCGGCAACUGCCAAUGAUACAUAUAAACAUCAUUUAUCUAUCACAAAUACGGCACGGCACGAAUAUUAUGAUAUACAUUUGCCUCGUAUGAUUAUGGCUCUCAAAGACAUUUCUGACGAAUGUGAUAUAGGUAUACAAUAUCAUCUGGCUCGAUACACCUACCUUUUUGAAAAUACUAUGGUAAGCGACGCAUUGGUUAUAAGUCCCGUCAAUACCGAAGAUGGACCUUCUAUGCGAAAAAUUGUUGAACAGAUCAAUAAUGAAGAAGACUAUUACUCAUACGUGCAAUCAUGUAAUGUAAAGGCGAAAAAAGUGAAAAAAAACUAUGAUAUUCCAUACGAUCAAUAUAACAUGUCUGAGCAAGCAAUUAACAUAAUAAAUCCAAAAAAUAUUUUUGGAGUUGAUUUGGCUGAACAAAUGCGAAGAGAUAAUCAUGAAAUUCCGUUAAUUUUAACUAAGUGUGCAGAAGCAAUUGAAAAAAAUGGUGGCCUUGAAAGUCAAGGGAUUUAUCGUGUUUCAGGUGUCCAAUCACAUAUUCAAAAGCUACGAACAUUGUUUGACAGAAAUGCGGAAGCUGUUGACUUGAGUGCGGAGGAGUGUUUUUCAGACGUCAAUAAUCUCACCAGUGUCUUAAAAUUAUGGUUUCGAGAGUUACCAGAUCCACUUUUUAUAAAAGAAAUGUACCAAGAUUUUAUCAAUGCUGCAAAAACCCCUGAUGAAAGAAAACGUGUUCUUGAGCUACACGAACGUGUCAAUAAUCUUCCAGACCCAAAUUAUAGCACUCUGAAAUAUUUAAUGGGGCAUUUGCAUAAAAUUGUUCAGAAUCAGGAGAAAAAUAAAAUGAACGUACAAAACCUUGGAAUUGUGUUUGGGCCAACAUUGAUGGGCAGUCCUGUCGUUACUGCAAUUUCAAACCCCGUAUCAUCAGGUUUAUCAUUACAAAAUCCAAAUACGACAGUUUCAUCACCUUUAUCACAUGUUUCAGAUAGCGGGGGACUUAACGAUAUGGGUUGGCAGUGUAAAGUUGUAGAAACUAUAUUGGAAAAUUAUAUUGCUAUCUUUGUGUGA